GAAACUCUCAACGGGUGAGCACGUUGCAUCGUGUUAGUCCGGGGAAAAUUCGAGUAUUUCGCAAGAAAGAAAGGAUUUUCAGCCGUACUUUGACGAUUCGACGCAGCCACACAGCGAGAUUUUCGCUUGUAGUCAAGUGAAAAGAAAGUCCACUGGACUAUAAACGAAAAUUAACUGGCAAUAUAGCCUUAGUUGCUGUGCCAUCAAUACGGCGUCAUCUCAAGUGAGGUGACGCCAACCAGAAAGGAAGAAGAAGAAGAGCUUUUUCUCACUAAGCUUUUCGCAGCGCGAGAGUUUUAAAGAUGAGAGUUUUGGUCGGUGGCGAUCUUUGUCGAUUCGUAUAAACAUGGAGCAAUAUCCGACGGAAGAGGAGGAAUAUGAGUUGCAGUACGGAGAUGAACUUGAUGCAAUGGAUGAUAUGGGCUUUGAAAUGACUGAAGCCACAUCGGUACCAUCUCGAGAGCAGGAAAAAAAUUCAGAGCCCCCACGAGCAUCUACGUCAUUCUCCCAGUAUAGUCGCGGCCAAUUGGACAGCCCACAUCUUUCACAAGUCAACGACGAUAGUCCUUUGCGAAGUCCUGCAUUCUCUCAAAUUUCGAAAAGUUCAACUAUCAACAAACGUCUCUUUGGUACGCCGGGUCCAUCGAACUAUGGCCGAAUAGCUUCGACUCCAUUUCCUGUAACAGCAACUUUAGCCACUGAUCCGUUGAACGAAAUUCAAAAUCUUGGACUUAAUCCUCGAAAAAGACGCUUAGAUGCACUUUUCGGUGAUAUUCGAGAUAUUGAGGAAGAAGGAAGUGAACUUGAUUUCUGCCUACAGGGUUUCACGAAAAAAACAAAAACUGAGGAGGAAAAAGAUUUGGAGUUGAUUGAAAAGAUUCUCGAAGCUAGAAAACGGUUCCAAGCGGUUGUAAACCCAAUCAAAUCAAACGGUCUUGAUCGGGCAGAGGCAUUGCACCGAUUCAAAAUGCAAAAUCUAUCAUAUUCGCUGCCAAAGUGGCCUUUUGCGACAGUUGUUCGCAGUGACAAAGAGCGUAUUUAUGUUCGGUUCCAUUCCGAAGAGUACGAACUUAAAGAGAUCAAUGAGAUCAAUUGUUUUAAGGACGGUUAUAAUGGAUUGUUGGGUGAUAGCAAAGAGAGAAUUUGGAACGAGGCAAAGGAAAUUAUAUCGAAACGUUUUGAAGCACCUGUUCGUUCGAUUGAACCGGAUCCCGACGUACAGGUUGUAGUUCCCGAUCAAGGAUCCGACCUGUGGGUAGAGAAAUAUCGCCCUAAACGUUACGUGGAUCUACUAUCGGAUGAAUCCACAAACCGUAGUUUGCUUCAAUGGUUGAAAUUGUGGGAUAAAGUGGUAUUUGGUCGUGAACCAAAGCAGAAACACGAUACCAAACAGUUGAACAGUUUCAACAAGAAAACCGGUCGUUUCGAAUCAAACGGCGGUUGGAAAAGAAAAAAUCGUUCGGCGUUGAACACUGAUUUGGAUGAACACGGUCGUCCGAGCCAAAAGCUGGCCCUGCUCUGUGGUCCUCCCGGUUUGGGUAAAACCACAUUAGCUCAUACCAUCGCACGUCAUGCUGGCUAUGUGGUGCGAGAGGUCAAUGCGUCGGAUGACCGCAGUCCGGAAGCGUUCCGGCUAGCUCUGGAAAGUGGCACUCAGAUGAAGUCAGUGCUGAACGAGGACAAGCGACCUAACUGUAUUGUACUAGAUGAGAUCGAUGGUGCACCGUUGGCAACGAUAGAUUUUCUGCUACGGUUUGUCUCUGGGGCAGUUCCACAAAAGGGCGGUUCCAAGAAAGGAAAAUCAGACAAAAGUGAUAAAUUUAUUUUGAAACGACCAAUAAUUUGUAUUUGCAACGACAUGUACGUUCCUGCGCUAAGACAGUUGCGACAAAUGGCAUUUGUAGUUAAUUUUCCACCGACAGAAUCGGCGAGAUUGGCAGAACGAUUGCUGUUGAUUGCCAAACAAGAAAAAAUACAAACCGAUUUAACUUCAAUGUUGGCACUGGCAGAUAAAACCGGAAAUGACGUAAGAUCUUGCCUUUCUAUGCUGCAGUUCCACGGUUCACUGAAGAAACCCCUAAGGCUUACCGAUGUUCUAAAGAGCAAUGUUGGUCAGAAAGAUCGGCACAAGGGACUGUUCGGGAUAUGGUCUGCAAUCUUUCAGAUUCAGCGACCCCGGAAGACACUCGUAGAGGACACAAACUCGGAAGCGGAAGGCAUCGUUUCCCUGACGGAUAUGUCUCCGGCAACUCGAAUGGUAAACAUUCUGGACGCGAUUCACAUGGGCCACGAUUACGACCGGUUGAUGCAGGGUGUGUUCGAAAACUAUCUGCACCAGAAAAUGCCCGAUCCAAACAUGGUCGGUGUGGCCGAAGCCGGUGAUUGGUUCUGUUUCAACGAUCGUAUCCAGCAGCAGAUCAACCACCUGCAGAAUUACUCCAUCUAUUCGUACUUGGCGUACGGGUUCGUUGUGUGGCAUUAUUUGUUUGCCGGUUUGGCCUGGCCAAAAAUCAAUUUCCCUACCAAAGGCUUCGAGACUUCUCAAAAGCUGGCUACCUGUAAGCUGAUCCUGACCGGGCUGCGGAAGGGCCUUUCAGCGCACCUGAAAGGCAUUGGAGAGGGACCAACGGUUCUGCUGGACACGGUACCGCUACUGAAGCGCGUAAUUAAUCCCGCGCUGCGUUCAGUUUCGUUGCAACUUUUGACGCCCAAGGAAAAAUCUGACCUGACUCACACCGUGGAGGUUAUGGCUGACUUCGGUUUAAACUAUAUCCAGUUGAAAUCAGCCGACGGAACCUAUCAGUACCAGAUGAACCCUGACAUUGAUCUGCUAGGUCAGUUUCAGGGUACUUCCGCUCAAAAUCUAAGUUAUUUCGGUAAACAAAUUGUCGCGAGAGAAGUUGAACUGGAGCAGAUGCGACGUGCUCAACCGAAGGCAGCCACCGUGAGAGCUCCCAGUGCUAAAUUGACUGAGAUCGGCAAAGGAUCCGGUGACUCUCGUAACAAAACGAAGCAGAGCAUGAAGAAAACGGAAACAUCGUCGUCCGAACUACCAAAUCAUUUGCAAACCCUCAAACCGAAACCCGUGAUCCAGAAAGUGAAACAAGUGGUCUGCAAAGAUUUCUUUGGUAGAAUCACAACAAGAGAAACAAGUGUGUCAGUGCAGGAAGGAGGAACGGAUACAAUCGUCAAGAGUCCUAUUUGGUAUCGUUACAAAGAAGGUUACAACAAUGCUGUGCGGAAGGAUGUUACUUUACAGGAUUUAAUGUAAAUGAUUUUGAGGCAAUCGUUUCGCCUAACAAAAAUUGAUUAAAAUUAUUCAUU